AUGUACAAUUCUCAUAAGACAUUUGAUAUUCAACUUCAUGGGAUCCUUUUAUGGGCUUCAAUCGGAUUCUUGAUGCCGGUCGGGAUAUUAGCAAUGAGAAUAUCGAGCUGUUCGGACGGUAUACAUCCUUCGAGGCGCAAAAUCUUGUUCUACACUCACUCAAUUUCUCAGGUACUCUCCGUGCUAGCCGUUACCAUUGGAGCCGUUUUAUCCAUCAAAAAAUUCGAAAACACGUUCGAAAACAGUCAUCAAAGAAUAGGGCUCGCACUUUAUGCCGCUGUUUAUUUUCAGCUCGUGAUCGGAUGUAGGCGGCCUAAGAGGGGAACUACAAGUAGGCGAACGUGGUAUUUUUUGCACUGGCUACUCGGCACGACUAUAUGCUUAGUCGGGAUCUUGAAUACUUACACAGGCUUACAAGCGUACCGAAAAAAAACGUCGAAAAGCGCGACUCUUUGGGCAGUAGUUUUCACAGCACAAGUUUCAUUUAUGGUGAUUUUCUAUCUAUUUCAAGAUAAAUGGGAGUACAUUUUAAAGCAAGGGAUGAUUGCAAGUGAUAAUGGUGAUGGUGAACUCAACAACACUUCACCAGUUGAAUUGGAGAACCAAAUAAAGGAAGUAUUGAGUGAGCCAAGGAAAAGCAAUGCACUUGGGACUCAUUUCUUGAGAAGUAAUGCACUCAAUAAGCUAUUUCAAUUGACAUGAACUAUUUAAAAUUUGUAAAUAAAUAUAUUUAUUAUCAAUUUUUUUUCCUUCCUCAACAUAGUAGUUGUGAUGUGUAUGAGUAAGACCAUAGUUAGUCCAUAAUAAGGGCUUCAAGAUUGUUUUUUUUUUU